GAAAUAAUGCUGAAAAGCAAAAGGCGUAAAACACCUCUGCAGGAUGCAGAGGAUCACAUGACCCGUAGAGCUGAUAAGCCUGGGCUUCAAGAGCAGUUCAUCAGCAAAUAUAAAGGGCGUGGGGUUUUCACCACUAGAGCUUUUUUCAGACGUGAUUUCGUUCUUGAAUACAGAGGUGAACUUCUGAGUUCAGAAGAAAGUCUUGACCGAACUGAACACUACACUGAGGCCGAGAACGCGUUCCUGUUUGACUUUCAGUGGCGUGGCAGAAAUUGGUGCAUGGAUGCAUCUAAAGAAGACUGUUCCUUGGGAAGACUUGUAAAUGACGAACACAGAAAUCCUACUUGCAAAAUGAGAACCCUUGAAGUGAGCAGGAAACCUCACCUGUGUCUCUUUGCUGUGCGAGACAUUCUACCAGGGGAAGAAAUCACUUUCAAUCACGGAUACUCAGACUGGCCAUGGCGAGUCAAGCCUUUGAAUCAAGCAUCAACUGAAUCCUCUGAUAAAAAGCCAUCCAUCAGUUUGGGUCCGCAGAGAUCGCCCCAUUGUGCUGCUCCUGUUUCUUCACCUGGAUUGGACGAGGUGAACAGCAGUGGUCCACAUAAGCAGUCAGGCAAAGCAAGAACAUCAAGAAAAACGAAGCGGUUUCAAUCAAGACUGGCAAAAUUAAGAAAACAUCAUGAAGAUUCCUAUGAACGUUUUAACAGAGCAGAAAUUGAAAAUGAACGCAAUAAGAUUGCUAAACAGCUAUCACAAAAAGAUUGUUUGUCAUCCUUAGUCGCGUCUGCAACUGAUGCAUCCUCUUCAUCGGCACCCUGUGCUGUGUCCACCUCUGUGAUGACCUCAUCACCGUCACCGUAUUACCGGUUACCAGAGGGGACACUGCAGUUGGCAAAAAUGAGUAAAGUCCUAAUUGCCAUGGAGAAAGGAACACUGUCUGACUUCAAAGGAAAGAAACUUGACGACAUUGAAAUUGACCCAAAUGAGCAACUUGAGGCUCAAGGUGAUUCCAUGUCAAGUGAUGAGGAGGAUUACAGUGACGUAUCUCAGACAGCAGCACCAGCAGAGACUGAUCCACCUGUUCAAUCUGAUCAAUCCGGUUCACAAGAGGAUCAAGGUUCUUCAAAUGCUCCAAAAAAGAAAUGGGAGGACAAUGAGGUAAAAGCAGUAGAGAGACACAUGAUGAAGUUCAUCAAGACAUGCAAAGUUCCUGGUAAGCAAGUCUGUGAAAGAUGCAUUCACGCAGAGCCAGAAGCUUUGAAGCAGCGAACAUGGACUCGUGUGAAAAAUUAUGUGCGGAACAGGAUCACGACUCUUAAAAGAAAGGGUGGUUUGUGAGGAGGCACAAACACAAAAACACUUCAGUGCCUUUUAUAACUUCUUUACUGUAAAA